AUGUCUCCUGAGGACUGGGACACACGGUGGACAGAAGGGCGGAUUGGCUUCCAUAAGACUGAAAUCAACCCGUACCUUAAGAAAUAUGAGGCAGAAAUGACACGCAAAAGACAGAAGGUCAAGGUAUUGGUUCCUCUGUGUGGGAAGUCAGUGGACAUGAAAUGGCUGGCUGACCAGGGACAUACAGUGGUUGGAGUAGAGUGUUCCUCACAGGCAGUGGAGGCGUUCUUCCAAGAGAGCAACCUCACCCCGACCAUCAGUGAUGUACCCAACCUGAACUCAGGAAAGCUCUUCCAGAAUGUUUCUCACCCUCCCUUCUGUUACCUCAGAGAUGUGGAAGGUGACUUUGAUGCAGUGUGGGACAGAGGCUCCUUCGUAGCCAUCAACUCAACAGACAGGACAAGGUGA